CUCUCGAGCACGAGGGGAGGCCUUCAGACCCGCCGGGAGAAGGGGAAACGAGUGUCGGGGCCGAGCCAGCCAUCGCACGGGUGGAACAUCGCCUCGCUAUGCUCGAGGGCACAUUAUACGCGUCUACAGCCAUGAACACUCCUUCCACGAGAGACAUCAUGGACCGCCUCAGCGCGCUCGAGGCGCAGGGGCCGAGAUUUGUCAAGACGACGUUCGACGCGCCCCAGACGCCCAAGAGCCCGUCCCCAUCACACGACGCCACGAUCCAGCGCAACAUGGAGAACAUGGUCAACAAGAAGAUCCAGAGCCUCCCCACGAUGGCCUCGGUGACUGAGAAGGUCAUCCAGAUCGAGACGAGCUUCAGAGAGAUGUUCACCCCAUACCAGAGGGACACGAACGCGCGCUUGGACACGGCGGAGAAGGAGAUCGACGCGUCCAAAGUCCGAAUCAAGGAGCUCAACAAGCAACUGAACAAAAAUACGAACGAGUUAGACAAGUGGAGCGCUUCCAUCAAGGGGCUGGAAGGCGCCGUUACGAAACUGAUCAACAGGCCCAACACCGCCAGCGGCGGUCAGGUCGCACCAUGCCCGAAUAACGACGAGCUUGCGAGUUUGAAACAAGCGAUCAAAGAAGAGGAGAAAAAGCGCGAGGCGGCUGCUGCAAAGACGGCCUUGCUGAUGAACCAUGUCAACAAGAUCGAUACAGAGGUCGGAGAGCUGCUGAGGCAUCUUCAGCCAGAUGGCCUUUAAUAUAUGAUCAACAUCAACUCUCGGAUAAAUACGUUUCUGCCGAGCUCACCCAGCUCCGGCUUGCCUUGCUUUACUGGAAAGUAAAAACUGUCGGGCCCGACUAUGAUUUUUAUUUUAUUUUUCUAAUGAGUCAACAACACUAAGACGGCGAAACUCGCUGUUCCGUAUAAGUCCGGAGUCAGGGGUGCCAAUCGAUCCAUUACGAAUACGAACGGGAUAGGCCACACUCUCCCUCUCUCACACACAUACCAAAGCAUACACACAACCACAAGGAACAUGGCACCUCGCCAGUGAGCGUUCAUCUGGAGGGAACGUGGGGUAAAAACAGUACGGACCAGGCUCUUUGGCGCCUCGUUGAAGCUUCCUCACAGCGAGAAGACGGCUGAAGCAGGCAUGAGGGGUAGUGGUAGUACAUGGUCAAGAGGUGGUAUUCGAAGAAGGGAAAGAAAGAAAAAGAGAGGGAGAGAGAAAGAAUAUGUUUUGAAGC